AUGGAAAACACCAUGUCUUCAGUCAGUGUUAUGAAAGACGACCUGUCAGAAGAAAAGCAUGUGGAAAAUCCACCGACACCUGACCGCGUCUACGACCAGAAAGAGACCAAAGCCAUACUCAGGAAGGUCGAUUGGCACCUGCUGCCAAUGCUGACGCUCCUCUACAUACUUUCAUUCAUCGAUCGAAGUAACAUCGGCAAUGCUAAAAUUGCGGGCUUGAAUGAAGACCUCAAGUUGACUGGAUCUCAAUACAACAUUGCUUUGACGGUGUUUUUCGUGCCGUACGCACUUCUCGAGAUCCCUAGCAACAUGGUUCUCAAGGUCAUGAGGCCUUCGGUCUGGAUAGGUAUCAUGAUGUUAACCUGGGGCGCUGUUAUGACUCUGAUGGGCAUUGUCAAAGACUUUUCCGGUCUUGCGGGUGCGAGAGCUGCGCUCGGAGCCGCAGAAGCGGGCUUUUUCCCUGCCGCCACCUAUCUCCUGACAACUUGGUAUCGCAGGACGGAGCUUCAGACCAGAAUGGCUGUCUUCUUUAGUGCUGCUUCUAUGUCUGGAGCGUUUUCCGGUCUUUUGGCAUUUGCACUGCAAAAGAUGGACGGCAUCGGUAAGCUGGCGGGCUGGAGAUGGAUUUUCGUCAUUGAGGGCUUGGCAACAGUCGUGGUCGGGAUUACGUGCUUUUUCCUUCUCCCGGAUGGGCCCGAGAAGGCCAAGUUUCUGGCCCCCGAGGAGCGACGAUUUCUGUGUGAACGCCUGGCCCAUGACGCGGGAACCAAGGCCGGGAAGGUUGGGCUCAAAGACAAGUUCCACUGGCCCACGAUACGCGAUGUCUUCAUUGACUGGAAGAUGUGGGCAGCUGUCAUCGUUUACUGGGGGAACACCAUCUCACUCUACGGCUUCACCUAUACCGCCCCCAGCGUUAUUCUUGGACUGGGUUAUUCUGCCACGAAUGCGCAGCUCCUAACUAUUCCGAUAUAUAUCCUCGGUGUUAUUGGAACACCCCUUGUGGCAUAUUUUGCAGAUAAACAUGCGACUCGAUGGCCAUUCAUCGCCGGUCCAUACUGCAUCUCAGCUAUUGGUUUCCUAGGGCUGCUAUCUAUUCCGCAUCCUGCCCUGCCCGGUCUCACAUACGCAUUCCUCUUCUGCAUCCCCGUGGGAGUUUAUCCUCCACUGAUUGGAUUGGUCGCAUGGGUCGGAAACAACCUAGCGCCUUCCUGGAAACGGGCAGUCGGGAUGGCAUUUCUCAUCAUGAUGGGCAACCUUGGAGGCGUCAUCGGCAGCAACAUUUACCUCGAGCAGCAACGUCCGCACUUUUGGCUAGGCUUUGGUUUCGGACUGGGGAUCUCUGUUGCAGCGGUCGUAUUCACUAUAGUCCUGAAGUUCGAAUAUGAACGUCUUAAUCGGGUAAAAGAGGCACUGGGCACAGAGGAAGAGAUCCUCACUAGGUAUUCGGAGGACGAGUUGCUACAGAUGGGAGACAAGAGCCCGCUGUUCAGAUACAUUGUCUGA